CUUCCCCCUCACUGGAAAGCAAUGUAGACUGCCAGACCCAGUGUCUCAUAGACUGCAAGCAGGGACAUUACUACACAGCUGGCAACUGUUUGGAAUGUCCUACAGGCUACUAUUGCCCUGGGGGUCAAAAAGCUCCAAGGAAAUGCCCACUGGGAACAGCCAAUGAACUUCCAGCUCAAGUGGGCAUCACAGCCUGCCAGGUCUGUCCUGAAGGCUAUCUCAGCCUAGAGAGUGGAGCUGGAUGUCGUGCGUGCCCAGAUGGCUAUUCGUGUGAUCCACGUAGUGGUGUGCAGAGGAGCUGCAGUCCUGGCCAGUAUUCUCCAGAGGGAGAGUCAGAGUGCCUGGGAUGUCCAGAGAACCAUGUCUGCCCAGAUGGAAGGAGCAGGCAGCGCUGUUUGGCCGGGCAGGAGCCAGAUCCAAGCCACACUCACUGUGUUACCUAUGCUCGUGGUUCUGUCUCAGCUGAAGACACGCUGAUAUGCCAGCCCUGUCCUGCAGGUUACUUCUGUGCAGGCAGCCUUACAGACACUCCUCCAUGCCCAGCAGGGAACUACAAACCCAAAGAGGAGAUUCUCAUGCCCAGCAGCAGCUCCUCGUUCUUACCUGGAAAUGGAUUGUGUUUGAAGUGUCCUGCUGGGUAUUUCUGUCCUGAGGGAGCAAGUCACCCAGCACCGUGCCAGCCAGGUACAUACAAUCCUCUCCAAGGACAGGAUGAAGCCACUGACUGCAGAGCCUGCCCAGCAGGAAGAGCUUGCACCCAGGCUGGAUUAGCCCAGCCUGACUCUGAGUGCUUACCAGGGUACGUGUGCCCAGUAGGAUCAUCCAGCCCACAUCUUCCCAGCAAUGCCUGUCCUCCAGGAACAGUUGGCAAUGGCUUUGACCUCUUUGAUAAGUCCCAGUGUGAGACGUGUCCUGCUGGGUAUUUCUGUGUCAGAGGAACAGGGGGAAGACAGAAGCCUCCUGCUCCAUGUCCAGUUGGGCACUACUGUCCACCAGGCACAAAGCAUGCAGUGCAGCACAAGUGUGCCCCGGGCACCUGGAGCAACAGGACAAGGCUGAAAUCAGCAGAGGAAUGCUUGCUGUGCCCUGCAGGCUGGUUUUGUGUAGGAGGAUCUCAUGUCCCUUCUGGCAUGUGCAGCUCAGGGCACUACUGCCCUCAAGGUACGUGGAGAGGCACACAGCACCCCUGCCCUGCAGGAACUUAUGGCACCAGGCUGGGAAGCAGCAGAGUGGAAGAUUGUACUGUCUGCCCUGCCGGGGCGUUCUGCCCCAGUGGGACCUCCAAGCCGGUUCUUUGCCCAAAAGGAACUUACCGUGUGGAACAUGGUGCAGGAGUGGCUGCAGACUGUGUCCCUUGCCCUGGAGGGUACUACUGCCCCAACCUUGGCACUGUUACACCUCAAACAUGUGGUGCUGGCAACUUCUCAGACCCAGGUUCUGCCUCCUGCUUGCCGUGCUCUGUUGGACAUUACUGUGCUAGUGAGCACACCAGCCGGGAGGUGAUGCUGCUGGCCAUGGUUUGCCCAGCUGGUCUCCGAUGCCCAGAAGGACAGGCUGUUGCUCCAGAGGCCAAUGCAAACUCCUGCCCGAGGGGCUUCUACUGUCCCCAGGGAGAUACUGGCUCAGAUGCAAAGCCUUGCCCCAAUGGGACCUAUGGUAAACAGAAGGGACUCAGCAGUGCUGAGGAAUGCUCACUGUGCCCUGCAGGGAAGUACUGCUACAGAGCUGGGGCUGAGCCUUCAGGAAUUCCCCAUCCUACUGGAGAUUGUCCACUUGGCUUCAACUGCCCUCCAGGAACUGGAUUCCCUUUCUCCUUCCCCUGCACCCCUGGAUUCUUCUGGGUUAAUUCCAGUGCAGAGGAUGAAGACAGGUGCAAACCGUGUCCAGCUGGGUACUAUUGUGACUCUCCUGCCAUGACGGAGCCCAAAGCUUGUCCAGUAGGCUUUUACUGUGGUGAAGGCAGCUCUAAACCUGAGCCCUGCCCAGAGGGAACUUACAGUAACAAAAAGGGACUGUCUGGACCAUCAGAAUGCAGCCCAUGUGGCCGUGGUUUCUACUGUGCUGCUCCAGGGCAAACUGGGCCAAGUGGUCCCUGCAAGGCUGGGUUCUACUGCCAGGGCAGGGCCCUUACUGCAUUGCCUACAGAUGGUGUGACAGGAGAUGUGUGCCCUGCAGGGGCAUACUGCCCACCUGGGUCCCCUUUACCCAUCCCCUGUCCUCCAGGAACCUACAGCAAUGUGAGUGGGCUGAGAAGCCUUGGUCAGUGCUUGGACUGCCCACCUGGCCUUUAUUGUGAUGGGACCAAUACCCGAGCUCCCUCGGGACCAUGUGAGCCUGGAUACUACUGUACAGGAGGUGCCAAAAGUGCUCUUCAGCAUGUGGUCAUGGAAGGGCAUUAUUCCUCAGCAGGAGCUUUCAAGCCAGAGCCAUGUCCUCUUGGCAGCUUCCAGCCUGACCGUGGUCAGUCUCAUUGCAGGGGCUGUCCAGAGGGAGCAUUCUGCAAUGAGAUAGGCCUGGCUGAAACCCAGCCUUGUCCAAAAGGGCAUUUUUGCUUGGCUGGAAGUUCCUUGCCUCUUCCUUGUCCAGUGGGAAUGUAUACAGAUGUGCUUGGGGCAGGUUCAUGUAAGCCCUGCCCAGCAGGCAGGUACUGCAGCAUGGCAGGUCUGACUGAGCCAGAAGGACCUUGCCAGCCUGGAUAUUACUGCAGCCAAGGAUCCAGCAGCUCCUCACCUGUUGGCCUUUCGUUUGGAGAUCUUUGUCAACCAGGAUAUUACUGCCCUGCUGGCACGACACACCCAAAAGAGAUGGCAUGUCCUGCUGGCACCUGGAAUGGCCAGAGGGGAGCCCAGGAUGCCUCUUGGUGUCUUCCUUGUGCCCCUGGGUUCUUCUGCAGUCUGUCUGGCCAAGAUGCUCCCGUAGGACUUUGUGCACAAGGCUACUACUGCACAGGAGGGGCAAAGACUGCAAAGCCAGAGGAUGGUGUCACAGGAGAUAUCUGUCCUCGAGGACAUUUCUGCCCUGCAGGUUCAGCAGCUCCUUCUCCCUGCCCCAGUGGUGAAUACAGCAAUGCAACAGGUCAAGACAAAUGUUUUCCAUGUCCUGCUGGGUUCCACUGUCCUAAAGGACUGCGACGCCGCUGCCCUCCUGGCUUUUAUUGCCCUCAGAGAACAGGAAUCAGUUUUUAUCCUUGUCCCCCUGGGACUUUCAACCCCUCUUAUGGACUCAGCCAGGCUGAGAGGUGCCAGAAGUGCCCUGCAGGAAUGUUCUGUGAAGACUGGGGACUCUCCUCUCCAAGUGGACCCUGCUGGCCGGGGUUCUUCUGCACAGCAGGAGCAAGUGUCCCAAACCCUGAUGGAGCCACAAACACCAGCACUGGUGGCCCAUGCCCACCUGGACACUUCUGCCCAGCUGGCACAAGUAUCCCACAGCAGUGCCCUGUGGGCACUUACUCAGACAGGCCAUACAUGUGGCAGGAAUCCAGCUGCAUGGCAUGCCCAUCUGGCCAUUACUGCAGCUCUGCUGCCCUCACAGCACCCUCAGGGCACUGCUCAGCUGGGUUCUACUGCCUGGCUGGAGCUUCCUCUCCAUCACCACCUGGUGUGUGGGAGGCAGGAGGCCCCUGUCCUGUGAGCCAUUUCUGCCCAGAAGGAGCCAGCUUUCCCUUAGCCUGCCUUGCAGGGACUUACAACAACCUCACCAGACAAGCUGCGUGCUUCCCUUGUGCUGCAGGGUACUACUGCCCAGAAAAUACUACCAGCUACAGUGUGAAUCCUUGCCCAGCUGGCUUUUACUGCCCUAAAGGAACCAGGUUUGCUACUGAGUUUCCCUGUCCCCGUGGCUACUUUAACCCUGAUUCCAUGACACAGAGCUUGGAUAGCUGCUUGCCCUGCCCACCUGGGCACUACUGUGGGAAGGAGAACUUGACAGCUCCAUCAGGCAAGUGUGAUGCAGGUUGGUUUUGCAUCUCUGCUGCUUGGACCUCACAGCCUUUUGAUCUGGAUAACUACACCAGUGCCAACUGCCUCUGCCCAGCUACUGCUACUGGAGGGAAGUGCAUUGCUGGUUUCUACUGCCCUAGAGGAAGCCCAGAGCCUCUGCCCUGCCGUCCUGGGUUUUACUGCAAUGCUUCAGGUCUGUCUGUGCCUAGUGGGGAAUGUACUGCUGGGUUUUACUGUAAAGGUGGAGCAGUUCUCCCUAAUCCAACAGAUGAUGUGACUGGGAAUAUCUGCCCUGCGGGGACUUACUGCACUGCAGGGUCAGCAGAACCCAAGCUGUGCCCAGCUGGCACCUUCUCCAGCCUGCCAGGGAGGAGAACACUUUCUGAGUGCCAGCCUUGUCCCUCUGGCUUCUACUGUGAGGGUCCUGGUCUCAGUGCCCCCACUGGAGAGUGCUGGGAAGGCUAUUACUGUGACAACCAGCAAAGGCCAGUUACUGAUUUUACCCUUUACCCCUGCCCUCAAGGCUUUUACUGCCCCCCAGGGACAAAGAGAAGCACUCAGUACAGCUGUCCAGUGGGAACAUUUGGCCCAAGGCAAAAACUGAAAACUGUCAAAGAAUGUCAGAGCUGCCCACCAGGAAAAUACUGUGAAUUGUCUGGACUUGCUGCCCCCACAGGAGACUGUGCUGAGGGAUUUUGGUGCAGAAUUGGUGCCCGUGUAAGAAAUCCUCAAGACGGAGAGUCAGGAUUUCCUUGUCCUCCUGGUCAUUACUGUCCAGAAGGUGCACCACAUCCUUUAAAGUGUCCUCCUGGCACCUGGUCUGGCAGUGAAGGCAGGAGGAGUUUGCAGGACUGCCAGCCUUGUCCUGGAGGGCACUAUUGCAACAGCUCUGGACAGAGAGCUCCCACAGGACACUGCAGCCCAGGGUAUUACUGUGUCAGUAGGGCCCAGACCCCAACACCCACUGAUGGACUCUCAGGAGCUCCGUGUCCCCUGGGUCAUUUUUGCCCUCUUGGAUCCAGGAGCCCAGAACCGUGUCCUGCUGGCUCCUAUAUGCCACAGACCCAUGGAGAGAAGUGCCAUGCUUGCCCAGAGGGUGAAUACUGUGUCCCUGGUGAGCAACCAGAGCCAUGUCCCCAGGGGCAUUUCUGUCCCAAGGGCACAGCUCUUCCAAUGGCUUGUCCAGCAGGAUCGUAUAACCCCUCGCAAAGGCAAGCCAGCUGUCUUCCCUGUCCCCAAGGGUUCUUCUGUCCCAAAAAUUCCUCUUCCUUUUUGGAGAAUGAAUGUUCAGCUGGCCACUACUGCCCUACCAGCACAGCUUCUGCCACUCAGUUUCCAUGUCCCAAGGGCACUUACAACCCACAAAAUGGGAGCAGCCUGGUAUCUCACUGUAUCCCCUGUGAGCGAGGGCACUACUGUGCACUCGCAGGGCAGGCACGCGUUACAGGGCCCUGUCUGGCUGGGUUCUACUGCAGUGGAGGCUCUUCUAAUCCAACACCCACAGAUGGUCUUCUGGGGGACGUGUGCCCAAAGGGAACUUACUGCCCUAUGGGCACUGCCUUUCCACAGCCAUGUCCUCCUGGUCAUUAUAGCAACUCAACUGGGAAUACUGGGAUUGAGGACUGCCUUCUGUGUGAUGCAGGGUAUUUCUGCAGUGGGACUGGACUUUUAUCUCCAACUGGAUUAUGUGAAGGUGGAUUCUACUGCAGUGGAGGAGCCAUUUCUCCUAAACCUCCCAGGAUAACAGUCAGUGGAGGACCGUGUCCACCUGGACACUAUUGUGUAGCAGGGAGCAGCAGAGCCCAGCCUUGCCCUGCAGGGAGUUACAGCCCAUCCUGGAGCACGGUGCAGUGUUUGGAGUGCCCAGAAGGUUUUUACUGUGAGGCUGCUUCCACAAACUACACGGAUUGCCCUGCAGGUCAUUACUGCCCCAGGAAUACCAAAUUUGCCACUCAGUAUCCUUGUCCUCCUGGAACGUACAGUGAUGCUUUAAAUAUCUGGGAUGCUUCCAAGUGCCAGCUGUGUCCUCCUGGAAGGGUCUGUUCCAAGCCAGGCCUAGCAAGACCAGAUGGACUGUGCAUGCCUGGAUGGUUUUGUCCACCUGGAUCCAUGUCAAGCAAGCCAAUGUUUCCUGGAAAUCACUCAGUGGACAUGGCAGCUCCAGCUUCUGGAUCUUUUGGGCAGUGCCAAGCAGGAACCUUUUGUCCUGUCGGUUCAUUUCUUCCUAUUCCGUGCACUCCAGGUAUGUACUGUGCAACUGCAGAGCUAUCAGCUCCAUCAGGUCCCUGUGAGGCUGGCUUCUACUGCACAGGGGGCUCCGUGCUGCCAAACCCCACGGAUGGAGCAGUGGGGAACAUUUGUCCUCAAGGCCACUUCUGUCCUGCAGGGAGUUCUUCUCCAUCUCCUUGUCCCCGAGGCUCCUUUCUGGCUCAUCGUGGUGGCCAGUCAGCACAGGACUGCCAGGCCUGCUUCCCAGGGUGGUUCUGUUCUGAGUGUGGUCAGAGCUCCCCAGAAGGUCUGUGUGAGGAAGGCUGGUUCUGCCCCGAGGGCUCUGUGUCUGGGCAGCAUUCAGAUUAUUUAUGUCCUGUGGGUCACUAUUGCCCCACUGGCAGCCCUGAGCCCAUACCCUGCCCCUCUGGAAAAUACCAGGAUCAGGCUGGUAAAAGCCAGUGUGAAAUGUGCCCAGCAGGAAUGUUCUGUGCCCUUGAAGGCCAUCCAUCCAGUCUCCAUAACAGCUCAAGUGGAGUGAUCAAACCAAUGGUCUGUUUAGCAGGACAUUACUGCCUCCUGGGCACAAAAGCUGGCAAUCAGUACCCAUGCCCAGCAGGGACUUACAGUAACAAAACUGGACUGAGAAACCCUAGGGAGUGCUUGCCUUGUCCUGGAGGCAUGUUUUGUGCCAGUGCAGGACUUGUUUCCCCGAGUGGUUCUUGUUUGCCUGGCUAUUACUGCACUUUAAAGGCACAGGUACCCAAUCCUGCCAAUGAUGCCACUGGUGGCCUUUGCCCAGCAGGCCAUUACUGCCCAGCAGGCAGCAGCAAGCCACAGCCGUGUCCCUCUGGCAUGUUUUUGCCUCAGUCUGGGAUGGCUUACCAUAAUGCCUGCCUGCCCUGCCCAGGAGGGAAGUUCUGCCAAGGAGACGGCUUGAUGAGCAUUUCUGGAUCGUGUUCUGCUGGCUAUUUUUGUGAUGGUGAAUCCACACGGCCAGACCAUAAGCAGUGUCCCCCAGGCUUUUACUGUCCUGAAGGCUCUGAAUCCCCAGUUCCUUGCAGCCCUGGUCACUUCAACUCUGAGAGAGGGAAGUGGCAGCCAGCAGACUGUCAGCUCUGCCCAGCUGGGUAUUUCUGCAGUGGUUCUGGAGCCCACACUCCUGAGCUGUGCCCUGCUGGGUACUUCUGUCUGCCAGGUACCAACUUCAGUACAGAGCAUCCAUGUCCAAAAGGUACCUUUGGCCCCAGGACUGGUGCCACCAGCACCUCUGACUGUGAGCCCUGCCCAGCAGGCAUGUAUUGCUCAGCACCAGGUCUUUCACAGCCCUCUGGAUUUUGCUACUCAGGUUACCAUUGUGCCAAGGGAGCCAUCAGCCCAACCCCUUUCAAAAACAGGGUGGAAUUUGCUGGCUCUGUGUUGCCAGGUAAUGAUAUCUGUCCUGCAGGGCAUUUCUGCCCCAAUGGAACUGAGAAUCCCAUACCUUGCCCUCCUGGGUCCUUCUCUGCUGUCAGGGGCCUGCAGGCAGAAGAGCAGUGCCAGCCCUGCCCUGCUGGCCGAUAUUGCAGCAGGGCAGGAUUGUUUGAUCUGGCUCAGACGUCGCUGUGUAAUGCAGGGUAUGUUUGUUUGGAAGGAAGCUCUGCUCCCUGCCCUUCUGAUGGGGUUUAUGGAUACAGAUGUCCUAGUGGCUUCUACUGUCCUGCUGGCACUGGACUAGAACUGCCCUGUGAGCCUGGCACCUUCAGCCCUAUGCCUGGGGCAAGUACUUGCCUCCCUUGCCCAGCUGGUAUGGCCUGCAGCCACGCAGCCACUGCAGAGCCACUCAACUGCCCCAGAGGUUAUUAUUGUCCAGCUAGGACUGCUGCUCCCCUGCCGUGCCCUGAAGGGACACUAAAUACCAUGGAGGGGGCAUUGGCCCCCACUGCUUGCAAGCUGUGUCCAGUGGGGAGGUACUGCAGAGGAGAUGCUAACUGGGAACCUGAUGGUCUGUGUUCAGCUGGGUACUAUUGUGAAGGAGGAGCCACUGAUGCAGUUCCACGUGGGACGCCAGCAUUCCCUCUCAGUGGGCCCUGUCCACUUGGACAUUAUUGUCCUGAAGGCACUCCUUUCCCAGUCGCCUGCCCAGUUGGGACCCUGAACAACAGCACAGGUGGUACCUCUCCAGAGAGCUGUGUGCCGUGCUAUCCUGGGUCUUUCUGCGCUAGCAUUGGUUUGAGUUCUCCAACAGGACCUUGUACUGAGGGAUUUUACUGCCCAGCAAACUUCAGCUCCUUCAGCCCCACAGCAUUUCUCUGCCCAAAGGGUCACUUCUGCCAGUUAGGAGCAGCCCACCCAACACCAUGCCCUGCUGGGGAGUACCAGCCAGCCAGGGGCUCUGCAUCCUGCAUUCCAUGCCAGAGAGGAUUCUACUGCCAGGAGCUGGUGGCUGGAGACCCCAAGAGCUGCCCACCACAUACUUACUGUCCUACAGGCACACAGUUUCCUCAGACGUGUCCUGAAGGCACCUUUACUCCUCCAAAUACGACUGGCCUCUGGAAUGAGAAGCAAUGCCUGCCUUGCUUACCUGGUCACUACUGCAGGCAUGGACAGCUAGUGGGGAAAUGUGCUGCUGGAUACUUCUGCCUUGCUGGGAGCUCUCAGCCCACUCCACAGGGCCCUGGCUUUUCCUGGCGCUUUCUGUCUGGAUGCCAAUGGGGUCAGGCAUGUGCUGGGCUGUGUCCUGCAGGUUUCUACUGCCUGGAGGGUUCUGAGUUACCUAUACCAUGUCCUGCCAAUACUAUUAGGGAUGUUCCAGGAGCUGGGCAGAAGGAAGACUGCCUACCCUGUCCACCAGGCCACUGGUGCAAAGCAGGAGACUCAGAGGCUUCUCCAUGUCCCUCAGGACACUAUUGCUUUGGAAGUAAUGGCAGUGACCAAGACAGUCUGUUGGCACCUCGGAAAUGCCCUCCACAUACUUACCGCAAGCUCCCAGGAGCUCAGAGCCUGACAGAUUGCCAACCAUGUCCUCCAGGCUAUCACUGCCCUCUGUCAGGUCUAACCAGUUUUGAGGAUUAUCCAUGCCCACUGGGAUACUGGUGUCCUGGUAAAGGGGAUGCUUUCUUUUGUCCACCUGGCACUUCCAGGGUACACCCUGGUGCAAAAUCACUGGAAGAAUGUGAUCCCUGCUCAGCUGGCUACUACUGUCCAGACCCAGCACAGACAGGGCUGCCUAACACCCAAGGAGUACCUUGUGAACCUGGCUAUGAAUGCCCAGCAGGUUCAGUCAAUCCAAAGCCUUGCAGGCCUGGCUCAUACUGCAGUGCUCGCACAGCAGUGCCCUCCAUGUGCCCUGCUGGAUAUUACUGUCCUGAAGGCUCAUCAACAUACAAUAGCCCUGAGCAGCUAUGUGUGUUUCCCUAUUACUGUCCCCCAGGCAGUGCCCACCCACUGCCCUGUGAAGGAGGAUACAUGGCUCUCAGCUCACCUGGGCCAAGGGAUUCCUUUGAGAAGUUCUGCAGAAUCUGUGAUGCAGGCAGCUAUCGUAAUGACUCUUUCAUCUCUGCUCCCUGUCAGCCCUGCCCAGCAGGCUUCAUCUGCCCACAAGGCAGUGAGACUUACCACAAGAAGCCUUGUCCCGUUGGCUAUUACUGCCCUCCCCUGGCAUCUGCCCCUCUUCCCUGUCCCCCGGGGACCCAUGGGAGCAACAACUUGGCCAAGCAUAUAGAGGAUUGUCAGGCCUGUCCUGCUGGCACCUUCAAUCACCUUCCUGCUCAGGCUGCCUGCUUUCCCUGUGGCAGCUCCUCUUCAUCACAGUCAGGUGCUACCAGCUGUACCUGCCAUGGGCUGAACCGGGCUUUCCAGCACUCAGAUGCCUCCUGUAUCUGCCAGGCAGGUUACAUUUACUAUGAUGAGCGAGGCAAGGAAAACUCUGACAGCAACAGUGAUCAGGACUGCCGACCUCAGGUGGACGAGCUCUGUGCUCCUGGAGAGAUCCGUUUAGCAUCUACACGCCGUUGUGUUUCUCCUGAGCAAUAUGACUGCUCUCCAUCUUGUGGGCCUGCGGGUGGAGAGGUCAAUGCAGAGCUGGGCAUAUGUCACUGCAAGCAGUACGUCUCUGCUGAGGAGCUCUGUGACCAAAUGUGUUUGCUGAGAGCCCCACGGAUCUCCUUGGGAUUUGGCAUCAAGAGAGAGCUGCUUCUGAGGGUGGACAAUGGAGUCAGAGUAAGUGUGGAUGAGGAAGUGACAAAUGUUCUGGGCCCAGAAGAACAUGUGCAGAAGAGCCAGAGGGUGCAUUUGGUUCUGUUUAAUCCCAGCGGAGUGCUAGGUUUCAUUGUCUCCAGCAUGGAUAUCUUGGAUGCAUUUCUCUCAGGAGAUUUUUCAUCAGAUCACUUGGAGCAGAAAGGUCAUCGAGUCCAGAGGGCUCUCUUCAAAGAUAUCCAUGCCUUGCCCCUUGUCCCUAACCCAGUGGUAUGUUUGGAAGCAGGAGACACAAUCCUUUUUCAGCUUAGCAUCAAUUCUCACAAUCGUGCAUCCAGCCACUACCCUGUUUAUCAGAAGCAGCAUCUUUAUAACAGCAACCCUAGCUGGGAUUAUGGAGCCUUCCGAAGGCUGGACCACCUCAUCCAGGAGACUCACCUCAACAUCUCCUGGUUUGCCCAUGUUUUCAUGGAGUCUGGGACAUUUGUAUUCAGGGAUAAGACCAUUCAGGAGCACUUUUUGAUUGUGACUGUGAACGAAGCAAAUGUGGGCUGUGACCCCAGAGAUGUGUCCUUCCAGCCCUCUUCUCUGUUCCAGCUGGCCAGACAUGGGAUUUUGAAGCAGCAGGAACUGAACUUAGCUCCUAACUGGGCUUCCAUUAUAGCGGUGCUCUUCAUUCUGGGCUUCCUAAUUGUGCUGCUGACAACCCUGGCUAUUGUGCUGCAGCCCACUGUUCCUGUCCUCAGUCCUCUGAGGAGCUGGAAGCCACGAUGGAGGAGCUUGGGUGAGCCGUACAUCCCACCAGAGUACAUCCUUCUUAAAGAAAGCCUUCUGUACUAUCAGAUGCUUGGUCCUCGUGGUUCUGGAGGAGAUGCUGCCUUUGGAGAAAAAGGAGCUGUGCGUAAUGAAGAAGGAUGUUGUGCAGUGAAAGACCUGGAGGAUUUCAGUGUUCGCACUCUGUACGAUAAGUUGGAAGAUCAGAAUUUGCACCUGGCAGCUCAGCUGGCAAAGCACAGGAGGGAUGUGUUGGUGUUUUACAAUGGAAUCAGCCAGCAGCUUCAAGGUCUCAUGGACAUGGUGCGAGCACUGGAUGCUAAGGGCCUGAAAAUCCUUACCAGGCAAAGGGUUUGUGGGCAUAAAUCUGCAGACAGCAGCUGGGCAGCAGUGGGCAUGGAGCAGUGUGAGGAGCACUGCAGCAGCAGCUUCUAUGCAGCAGGGCAGGCAGGUGCACUGCAGCAAGAGGCAAUGGAAUUGAUGAAAGCAUUGGAAAUCCUGCUUGGGAGAGCUCAGCCUAAGAACACGAAACAAGAGAUGGAGCAGCAGGUCCAUGGACAGGAAAUGGUGGCAGUUGUACCCUCACUGCACAGUGAAAGUAAAGCAAAAGUAGUGGAAGGGCAGGAUUAUAAGCUGCCUGAGCAAGAAGAGCUCUUCCGUAGGAGGGGUGAUGUCUUCAGCUUCUCUGUGCAUGAAGAAUGCGAGAAAUGCUUAAGAGGCAAUUCCUCAGAGGAUAUGAGGAGUACCCUCAUCCCCAUGGAUCCAGCCUCUUUGUCACCCCACCAGUUUGUGGUGUACCGCUUUGGCUGUGCAGUGGUGCACCUGUUAACCAAGGCCUGCUCAUGUCCUGCUUUGGUGCUCAUGCUGGCUCAGUCCAUUCCUGCCCAAAGUCCAGAUCAAGCUCUUCUCCCAGGCUUUGGAGACUCCUACUACGAUGCCAUUAAUAAGAACCUGUAUGUGCAUGCAGCAAGGCUGGAGGAUGCUGGGGAGCUUAUUGCUGUCCUGCUGAACGCUGUGGCAUGGAUUGCAGCAGGUUGUCCCUCAGCUGGCACUGCUCAUUCCUGCUUUAUGAUGGAGCUCAACAGAGCUAUUGUGGUUCUCGCCAAUGCCUUCUUCCAGGUUUCAUGGGGGAUAGCAGACAAGGACCCCUCAGGCUCAUCUGAUUGCUUUGACAUUCAGAAAGUGCUCAAAGAACUUCUGAACAUCAGAGUAGCACCACAUCCCUGUGUGAAGAGAAAAGCCCUGGGUGAAAGGGUGUCUGGACUGCAAAAGUACCAGUGCCUUCAUCUGCAACAGGGGACCCUGGACAGGAUGGGAAAUUCACAGAGAAGUGACUACAGCAGGAAUUCAGACUCCUCUUCUGCUAAGCUGGAGGUUACACAACUGGAGGAGAGGCUGGAUGAACUAAAUGAGGCGUUUGUUGAAUUGACAGUGCAGGCCAUGAGUCUGCAAGAAGAUGGGGAUCUGUUGGAGAAAGAGCUGAGAACACAGGAGGAGUCACUUGGGACUGCAAGCAAGAAAGAAGCUUGGGGAGCUCAGCGGUAUUCUGAAAUGUUAGAUUCUUGGGCCACAAAGAGGGAUGAAGCCUUGCUGCUGGAAGUAGAGAGGAACUGCAUUGCUCAGAGGAUCGAAGAGAUAGAAGCCCAGCUAUUGCAUCUUCAAAGUACAGCAGCCAGCAGUUCACUUCCUUGAGGAACCUAAUUUAAAAGGCAAUGGUUACAGCAUUGAUGUGUAUGUAAUUAGAGAGGCACAUGAUCAAUUAUCUUGUGGAUAAUUCAUAUUUGUUGGGUUUUUUAGUUGACUGAAGUAUACUAAUGUUCAGCUAUCAAUAAUGUGUAGGCAUGAGGGAUAAGCUGAGGUUCUUAACAUUUUUCACUAAUUUUAGAGUUUCUGUUUUAAGUCAGUAAAGCAGAAAUGAUGUGAAGCCACUAAUGGCCCCUACUUAAUGUGUUCUGUAUAGCCUCUGACAUCUGACAUCAAGGGUAUUUUUGAGGAUCUUUUAGGUACAGUUUAGAGCCUUACUUCUAAGCCUUGCCCAGCAACUCCACACUGCUAUGCAUGUUUUCAGUGUAAUCUUACUGAUCUCAGUGAGGUGUGAGUACACUUAAAUUAUUCCCUGUAGUGAUGACUGCAGCAAUUUGUGUAGCUUCUGGUAUAGCUUCCUGCUCCAUCUCUUUCUGCACAGCUUUCCUUAGUUCCAGGUGAAGUAGAACAACAUAAAAUUGCUUGACUGUGAGCCAGUACAAUGCCUGGGCAAACCACACAGGUAGGCUUCAGCCAGCUAUUUCCAACAACAAAGCCAGUUCUCUUUUCAUUCUGCAGUAUUUACUGAAUUGCUUAUGCGUGAAGAAACUUGUGUACCUGCUCUUUCCUGGUUCCUAAACACAAAUCUGUCCUUACUCAUUCUCCCUUAGCAGAGUGUAUUAAUUAGAGGGUGAGACUUCAGUGCCAAGGAGCCCAGGCAGAAGCCCUCGACUCUGGUCUCACUUACUGGUGUCUCUGGUGGAUCCAGAGGAACUUCAUGUUCUUUUUCUCUCACCUUCUCAUUUUGCUGUUUACAAGUUUUCUGAGCUUGCUUUCAGAAGCAGAAGGUUUGUUUUGGUUCCUUUGCAACCUCACCUUGGGAAAAUUCAGUUAUUUGCUGACACUUUGAAGGGCCUUUAAGGAAAUGAGAGGAUUUAUGGAAGUCAAAUAUACCUAUUGGCAAACACUAUGAAACAGCAGGAUUUUCUUUCCUAGAUUACAGCAGUGAAAAGGCUGCCAUUGCUCUCCUUAUUGCUUUCUUCUUUUAGGUUAUCAGCAGAUACUUUUAUAACAGCACACUGCUGUCUCUGUAAUAUCCACAGUAAAACAUCUAGAUAAGUGGUAAAGUUACCUCUGCAUGCUCUGUGUGUUGUAUUUUUAAAAGGCACUGGGAGGCAUUAGCAAAUAAAAUGUGUCAGUUUUCCAUUGCAACAGUUUUCUCAUGGAAAUAACUUUCUGCUUUGGAUUGAAGCAAAUGUACCUGCGUGGAACUCUGCUGGAAGUUUUCUCUUUUCCCCAUUGUGGCUUUCUUAACAAAUGCACUUCAGCUAUAAGUAAACUGCUUUGGGCUUCAGAAUGUGUUGGUUUUUUUCCCCCGCAAAAUGAAAAGGUGUUAAUGAAAAGUCCAGAGUUCUACAUGAUGUUACCUUUCAUGUUCUGUUGGUAGUUACUAGAGGAAAAGAAGAAACAAAUGAAAUUGGACAAGGCUGAGUGCAAGAUGCUGCACUUGGGUCAAGCUCAUCCCAGGUAGGAUUACAGACUGGGAGAACUCCUCGAGAGCAGCCCUGCAGAGAAGGAGCUUUGGGUCCUGAUGGAUAAAAGUGGGACAUGCAGCAGUGUGUGCCUGCAGCCCAGUAGGGGUGCUUUGGUACCCAUAGAAGGGUUGUCCUUAUCUGCAGUGCUGUGUCCAGGUCUGGGGCCCCUGUACAGGAGGGAUGUGGAGCUGCUGGAGCAGGUCCUGGGGAGGGCCUUGAAGAUCAUCAGAGUCUGGAACAUCUCUAGGAGCUCCAGAAAGGUUGAGGUAGUUGGGCUUGUUCAGCUUGGAGAAGAGAAGGCUCCAGGUAGACCUCAUUGCAGUCUUCCAUUAGGUGAAGGGAGCUUUAAGCAGUAGAGGGACCAACUUUUUUUACACAGUCUGACAGUGAUAGGAAGAGGCAGAAUGGCUCUGAAGUAAAAGAGGGGAGAUUUAGGCUAGGUGUUAGGAAGAAAUCCUUUCCUCAGAGGGCGGUGAGGCACUGCUGCCCAGAGAGCUGUGGGUCCCCAUCCCUGGAGGCACUCAAGGGUGGAAUGGGGCCUUGGGCAGCCAGAGCUGGUGGGGGCAACCAGCCCUGUCUGGGCAUUGGAACUGGUCCCCUCCAACCCAAGCCAUUCUGUGAUUCAGCGAAAUACAAAGAGGAGUGGUGCAAGAAUGUAUUUCAUUCUUUCUUUGAAGUAUUUAUUGCUGGUAGCUCUUUUUCCAGCCCUCUCUGAAGACUGGAAGUCAAGCACUUUCUGGAGUAGCUGUGAAGUCCCCAUCAGGUUUGGAAGGCUGCUGUUUCCCUGAGACUGCUGAUAAGGCUGACGGAGUCCAGGAUCUUUUACCUUGAAAGAAAAGGACCUGAAGGUCCCCAUGUGGCUGUGCUCGUGCCACUGCUGAAAGACCAUUGUUACUCCAGAGUUCCUGGGCUGAUAGCUAAAUUGGGAAUGUGGGAAGAUUGAGAAAUGUCACCAAAUACAGCAAACAAGCAACCUUGCUUUUGGAGGUUCCAUCCACAGCAGCAGAGAUUGACAUGGGCCAGCAGUGUUGUGGUGUUUGCUGGAAAAGAUUCCUUGCAUUAGAGGUGGUGCCACCAAGAAAGAAUGAUGAGUGGACUGAACCUGCCAAAGGUGACAGAAACUAAAAGCUCAGUGUUUCUGUUUGUGACCCGUUGUGAAGUUGGGUUCUCUAAGGAAGAGACAAAAAUGAGCACACUUGCAUUGGAAUGACAGCACUUUGGUUUUGAUCCAUCAGAGGAAACUGGCAUCACAUCACAGAGCUGUGUCAUCCCCAGGUGUAGUCAGAAGACUUCAAUCUGUCAAGCCCAUUUUUUGGCUUUGAGGCUGGAACAACACUCAGGAAAAUCUAUCUGCUGCAGGAAACAUUCCUACCUGUCAGUUGUAGCCUGUCCUCACAGUCAUGCAGUGGAUUCCCAGGGUUGUGUUCAGGUCUGUGCUGUUGUGUGAAUUGGAUUAAGGUAAGAAGAUGCUGCUAUCUUCAGCAGGAGCAGCUGCUGGUACUGAAAUGUUAGUGUGUGGGCAUCCAUGUGUUCCACGAGCAAGAUGGGGAAAAGAAGGGACUGUAAAGCUUUGCCUGGAAAGGGAAACGAGUGAGAAGGUUUUGCUGAGCAAGCUGUGUCCAGGUUUGAUCAACAGACCUGUGCAUGAUCAUGGGGCAGCAAUGAAGGUAUGAAUGCAAUGAAGGGGUCAGUGGUGGGGCGGAGGCUGUGUAACCUGGUCAUGGCAACAGGAAAUAGGAAGGCAGGGGCCCUCGCCUCAGCCUGGCUUUAAUCUGUGGCCUUCAGCAAAGUGCUUGGCCUCGGUCAGCCCCUGUGCCUCCUGUUGGGGUUGGUCCUCAUGGGCUGCAGUGGUUGAGGGACUGAUUCAUUGGCAGCACCUCCAGAAAUCAGGAGGUGAUAGUGAAGGGAUAUUGAAAACCCAAAUGUAUUUAGCAUCCGUUGAUACAUGGGGUAAACUCCAUACACUACAUGGUCUUCCAAAUUCUACUUCUAUAGACCCUAAAAUAAUUGGGGUGGAAAAUUGGUAUGUUUUAUGGUAUUUUGGGUCAACUCAAAUUAGCUGUUGUUUUCUAGAUACUUGUUGAUAGUUUGCUGUUCAUUUUUAAAGUGAUUUUAGAUUACAGUUCCUCUAAAAAUGCAGUUUUCUUUCUUGCUUUCAGAGAAUGAAAGAAGCUGCCCUGACACAUCACAGAAAGCACAUUUCUUUCUAAAUCAAAGAGUCCUUCCAAUAGCAAUGGCCUUCUGGAAGCAAGAUGCUGGAAUGCUGGAUUUCUGCUGUGUGAGUGUGAUUGGGGAGCAUCCACCAACAGCAUCCCAUGUUCUUGAGUUGGAGGGCCUCACCUCUAGUGCUGGAAGGAAGCUGUCUCUCUUUCCAAAGACUGCUGCUGGAGUUGCAUCAUUCCCUGUUCCUGCCAGCCUGUCUGAUUCCCCAGGUAUCUUUAGUUUUUUAAAUCACUUUAUUUAGCUUAAGUGGCUGAUAUCUGGUUGGAGUGCACAGAUAUCUGUGUAUGGUAUCAGCAGUUACUGAUUCAUUCUUCUUAGAGCAUCUUGUUUAUUAAUUAUAGCCAACGCCAGUGUUUUUAUACAGUCUGUAUCUUCUUGAUAAAAGUAGUGACUCACUGUAAUUGGUCACUGCAUGCAAUAGAGUCUAUUUUUGUGUAGUGCCCUCCCUGUUCAAUGUAAAGCACGUGAUCUGUGGAGGCACCAUGGACAAGAGAGCAACUGCCCAUCUGCUGAGCAGUGAGAGGGGCUGAGGGCAGACAGGGCUGCAGGUGAGCUGCAGGCAGGGCAGAAUGACAGAGCAAAUUGAGGGACGUGUAGGAGGCGCAGGGGUUGGCAGGGCAAAGAGGACAGCAAGAGGUGAAACAGGAGGAGUGAGGGCAAGGUGAGUGUGUGCAUGGAGUUGGUGGUGCUGCAUUCCAAGCUCAGGUCUGGGGAGGACUUUCUGCAUCCCUCUUGCUUUUACUGCGUCGCAGAAAUCUGAGGUCUUCAUUAAGCAUCACUUAUGUCCUUUAUGGCCAAAUGCUUUUAGGCUUGUCAGGCACUGAACAAAGCUGGUCUAUUUGUAGGGAUUUUAUGGUUUUGCUGUAUCAGGAACUUCAGGUCUUUGGGGUGAAAGGGCCCUGUUCAGCCUCGCACACAAAGGGUUAAGUACUGCAUUCUGCCUGACAGCCACCACAUGCAGCUUUGACGUAGGUUUGUUUUUCAUCUCAGAGAAGUACUUCUGAAGAACUACUCAGUAACUAGCAAAGGGCAUAAGCAAGGGUCUCUACGUGUACUCUAUUUGUAGAUAAGCUAAAGGAAAUUUGCAGAGGUGAGAUAGUGUGGGAUUGCCCAGCUUGUUGGUAGAAUACUAAGAAGAAUCCAGGCCAGAAAUGGAACAUCACAGGUUUAUGGGGUCCAUUCUUUUUGUACAACUCAUGGCUCUUCCACAGUAAGUUUUGUUCUCAGUUGAUUUUUAAUUAUUGACAACUCACAGCCGUGAGGACAGAAAGCCAGAAAGGCUCGUCCGCUGAGCAAAGUGACGUGCGUGCAAAGUGAUGGGGACUCACUGAGGUGAACAGUUAACAACAAACACAUCAGAGCAGAGCACAGGAGCCCACGAAGGCAGUAAAUCUCCAGCUCUUAAGGAGCGCAUUGCCGCCCUGUGCAGGGAGGAGCCGGGCUCUGCCUGAGCGCUCCGUAACGCAGAGAGAACAGCGCCCUCUGGCGGCCGUCGGCGGCACUGCAAACCCCGCCGGGCUGCGCGUAACCUCUCCUUUCCUACACAAAAUUUGGAUAGAAACCAGUGACUGCUCUCUCUU